AUGCAUGAUCUUAGCGAGAUAUAUUCUAGCUUCUUUUGGCCUAACCCUAAGCCGUCGCACCCUCCACAUCAGUCGACCUCUGUUCUUUUUCCCUCCCCCUCCAUAUCUCCUUCUCAUCUCAUCGACAUGCCAGGCGAAGCACAAACCACCCAAUCCACCGUCCACUCAGCGUUCACAGUGAGCAACAUCAAGAAUGUCAUACCUCUCAUUCUCAACCGAUCUGACGAUCACUAUCCUUCAUGGGUGGAAUUCUUCAACAUUCACGUAUGUGCUAACAACGUGAAAGAUCACAUCGAUGACAAAACCCCCAAACCUACCGAUGUUGAUAAAGACACAUGGGAUCGACUUGAUGCCCUUGUUAAAUCCCGAAUCUACAUCACCAUAACACUGGAUCUCGCUCACACCAUCAUGAAACCUGGUGCAUCGGCCCUUGACCUUUGGAAGCGUCUUCAAGAAAUAUUUCUUGAUAAUAAAAACACUCGUGCAGUUUACCUCGAGGAACAAUUUAACAACACUCAUCUCUCUGCCUUCUCGAACAUCACUGAAUAUUGCUCACACCUCAAGAACCUAGCCGAUCAACUAGAAAACGUUGGAAACCCGGUGUCAGAAACAAAGAUGGUCCUCCAACUCAUCUCUGGUCUCACAAAAGGGGACUACGAUACCGUCGCUACCAUUAUACAACAAACCAACCCUUUUCCCAGCUUCACAAAAGCCGAAUCCUCCCUCCUCCUUGAAGAAGCCCGCCGCAACAAGCCUGACCCCACCAUUCCCCAAGCCUUCGUCACUCAACGGGCUGACUGUGACACUUUCGAAAACUCCAACAACGGCACUAAUAACCAUAACUCAGGCUAUAAUGGACGUGGUCAAAACUGGGGAAAUCAGCGUGGCAGUGGACGCUGGUCUUGCGGCAGAGGACGCAGACGUAGCAAUGGCAGAUUCUCGUCACAGCAAACCCCAUGGAAAUGGCCCGGUUGGUUUCCCCUAUACCCCUGGUCCGCCCCUCCAUGCCCGUACCCCACAGUCCUCAGGUUGGAAUUAUGGGGCCUCGUCCAAAAAUCUGAUUCUCACCGGCCCAGCAGCAACAACAAGUCCACACGGACCCAUAAGCCAACUUUGCUUCAAACUCACAAUCGGCCCACUCCAGCGCGAUGA